AUGGCUGGGAACAACUUCACGGAGGUGACAUUCUUCAUCCUCUCUGGAUUUGCAAAUCACCCUGAACUACAAAUCAGCCUCUUCAUGAUGUUUCUCUUUAUUUAUCUCUUCACUGUUUUGGGGAACCUUGGACUAAUUCUGUUAAUCAGAAUCGACUCUCAGCUCCACACACCUAUGUACUUUUUCCUUAGCAAUUUAGCAUUCAUUGAUGUAUUUUAUUCCUCUACUGUAACACCCAAGGCACUGGUAAAUCUCCAGUCAAUCCGGAAAACCAUCUCCUUCACUGGCUGCUUUGUUCAGAUGUACUUUUUUGUGGGUUUAGUGUGCAGUGAGUGCUUUCUCCUGGGGUCCAUGGCCUAUGACCGCUAUGUAGCUAUCUGCAAUCCCUUACUGUAUUCUGUGGUCAUGUCCCAGAAGGUGUGCAGGGGGUUGGGAGUCAUGCCUUAUGUGAUCGGCUUCACCAAUUCUCUGGUCUCCAUCUGUGUGAUCAGCAGGUUGGCAUUCUGUGAUGUCCGCAUCAAUCAUUUUUUCUGUGACACCACAGCUCUUCUGGCCCUGUCCUGCCUGGAUGCAUUCAGCACAGAAAUGGUGAUCUUUGUUUUAGCUGGCUUCACCCUUCUUAGUUCUCUCUUCAUCAUCACCUUCACCUACAUGGCCAUCAUCUCAGCCAUCCUGCAGAUUCGGUCUGCAGCAGGCAGACAGAAAGCCUUUUCCACCUGUGUGUCCCACAUCAUGGGGGUGACCAUCUUCUAUGGGUCCCUGAUUUUCACAUAUUUGCAGCCUGAGAACACAUCCUCCUUGACCCAGGCACAGGUGGCGUCUGUAUUCUACACCAUUGUUAUUCCCAUGCUGAAUCCGCUUAUCUAUAGUUUGAGGAACAAAGAUGUAAAAAAUGCUCUUCUGAAAGCAUUUCAAAAACUAUUUCCAUGA